UGUCAUAAAUUCACAAGAGUACUACAGAGAUCGAGCAUUCCAAAUUGAGCACUCGUGUUUUAUUUUUUAAAAUUUCCAAUACCCAGCUGUGGCAGAGGAAGUAAAAUGGACGGGUGCCACAACGACAUCUUAGCCCCCCUCAUCCUGGCCGUCAUGGUGGCCAAUGGACAUCCGCUCACCCUGGACGAGAUCGUCGACGGUGUGACGGAGGUGAUCAACUCUCAAACUGAGCUGGCCAAUGUUUCGGAAAAUAUUGGCGACGUAAAGCAUGGCCGCAAGAUGUUGAGUCCUAGAAGGAAAUGUUAAGCAGAACUCACCAUCUGCGUUAUUGACUAAAUUCGUAGAGCAAUUUAAUCGAAAUAAACUUCACAUUUAAAAUCAAAGCUUCUCAUGUUACUUCUUAAAGCAAAGUCUAUGUUUGAAGCUUAGAAGGAGGUGCGGUUUAUAUUUUUGGAGGAGGUAAACGAAGCAGAAACACGUGUGGAAAAUGUAAG